AUGAGCCAAUCAAGACAAUCCAUUAACCUUUUCGAUGUUCGAGGGAUUGUGGCAGUUGUGACAGGUGGUGGUAGCGGACUUGGAUUAUUCAUGACCCGAGCUUUAGCUGAAAAUGGUGCAAAGAAAGUCUACAUCAUUGGCCGGAGGCAGAAAGUGUUGGAAGACGCUGUUAAGGAAGUCGGCUUGGAUAAUGUGGUUCCAAUUCAAUGCGACGUCACAAAACGCGAAAACCUCAAGGCUGCAACAAGGAUAAUUGAGAACGAGGUCGGAUACAUCAACCUUCUAGUCGCCAAUUCUGGUAUUGCCGGUCCUUCUGGAAGUGUACCACCCAAUGCGACAAUUGCCCAAGUCCAAGAUGCCCUUCUAGAUAUUCCCAUGCAGGAAUUUACUAAUACCUAUCAUGUCAACUGUACUGCGGUUUUCUACACGGCUAUUGCGUUCCUCCACCUACUCGAAAAGGGAAACGAGUCCGGCUACCAAGGGGGUAGAAGCCAGCUUAUCGCGACCAGCAGUAUCGGGAGCUUCAACCGAAAGAUCACUGCUGGCUUUGCGUACGGAACCAGCAAAGCUGCAACAACUAUGAUGCUUAAAGUGUUGGCCACUUAUCUGGUGCCAUACAAGAUCCGUGCCAAUGUUCUUUGUCCAGGACUGUUUCCAACUGAUCUUACAACAAGCUUGAUCAAAGGUGAUGACCCAACUGUCGAGGGUGCAUUUCCUCUAGAUCAGAUUCCUGCCGAGCGAGCCGGCACGCCAGAGGACAUCAUGGGUCCUUUGAUAUACCUGGCGUCUCGUGCAGGGGCAUAUUGCAACGGUAAUUGCGUAUUGACAGAUGGAGGUCGCUUAAGUGUCACUCCGGCUACUUACUAG